AUGACUGUGGGGGCCCUGGCUCUGGGCCCACAUUUCAGGGGGGCCAUAGCAGCCAUGGGCCCAAUUUUGGAGAAAUUCCCUUUGAUCUGCUUUCAGAAUGCCUCCCCAGCAAGGACGCCUCCAGCCCGGGCAUCCCCGGGCCGAGCACCCCCAGCCCGAGCAUCACCUUCCAGGUCAUCAUCUGGCAGGUCUUCGUCUACCAUGUCAGCAUUCACGACAUCAUCUCCAACUCGAGUGUACCUUGUCAGAGCCACACCAGUGGGGACUGUCCCUGUCCAUGCAUCUCCUGCCAGGGCCACACCAACUGCCAGGGCCGCCAGGGAGAGCCCAGGUAUCACCUUGCCCAAGUUCACCUGGCAGGAGAGCCAGAAGCGGCUGCCGCUCAUCGGAUGUGUCCUUCUUCUCAUUGCCCUCGUGGUGUCGCUCAUCAUCCUAUUUUACUUCUGGUGGGGCCACACAGGGGUCAAUUACAAGGAGCCGAGAGAGAGCUGCCCUAGUCACGCUGUGCGCUGUGAUGGGGUCGAGGACUGUAAGCUGAAGAGUGAUGAGCUGGGCUGUGUGAGGUUUGACUGGGACAAGUCUCUGCUUAAAGUCUACUCUGGAUCCUCCCAUCAGUGGCUUCCGGUCUGCAGUGACAGCUGGAAUGACUCCUACUCGAAGAAGACCUGCCAGCAGCUGGGUUUCGAAAGUGCUUACUGGACAACCAAGGUGGCUGACAGGAAUGUUGACAGCAGUUUCUCAGUCUCCGAAUUUAACUCCACCAUCCAGGAGAGCACCUACACGUCUGAUUGCCCUUCCCGGCAGUAUGUUUCUCUACAGUGUUCCCACUGUGGAUUGAGGGCCAUGACCGGGCGGAUCGUGGGAGGGGCGCUGGCCCCAGAAAGUAAGUGGCCAUGGCAAGUUAGCCUGCAGUUUUCCCGCACCCACAUUUGUGGGGGCACGCUGAUCGACGCCCAGUGGAUUCUCACCGCCGCCCACUGCUUCUUUAUUACCCGGGAGAAGAUCCUGGAGGGCUGGAAGGUGUACGUGGGCACCAACGACCUGCACCACCUGCCCGAGUCAGCCUCUGUCGCCCAGAUCAUCAUCAACAGCAACUACUCGGAUGACCAGGAUGACUAUGACAUCGCCCUCAUGCGGCUCUCCAAGCCCCUGACCCUGUCCACUCAUGUCCACCCUGCCUGCCUCCCCAUGCAUGGACAGACCUUCGGCCUCAAUGAGAUCUGCUGGAUCACAGGCUUUGGCAAGACCAAGGAGACAGAUGAGAGGACAUCCCCCUUUCUCCGGGAGGUGCAGGUCAACCUCAUUGACUUUAAGAAGUGCAACGACUACUUAGUCUAUGACAGCUACCUUACCCCGAGGAUGAUGUGUGCGGGGGACCUGCGAGGAGGCAGAGACUCAUGCCAGGGAGACAGCGGGGGGCCUCUGGUCUGUGAGCAGAAUGGCCGCUGGUACCUGGCAGGAGUGACCAGCUGGGGCACGGGCUGCGGCCAGAGGAACAAACCUGGCGUGUACACCAAGGUGACCGAAGUGCUCCCCUGGAUAUACAGCAAGAUGGAGAGGGAGGUGCGCUUCCGGAAAUCGUAA